CCAAAAGAUCAGAGGCUUUUUUUUUUUUUUUUUUCUUUUUGCUGAAAAUCUAAGGCUUUAUUUUAAAACCCUUUCUUCUUUUUCUAAGUGAAGUAGAUUUCAAAACCAGCAAAAACAAUGGAAAUAAUCGAAACCCAAACAGCUGUUUCGAAUUUCGAUCCGUUUUACAACAUGUCUUCUUCCUCGGAGAAUAAUGGUGGUGGAUUUGAAAUGUCGUCGUUGAUCGACGGUCGAGAUUAUUCAGGCGAGAAUCACGCGCACGGUGGUGGUGACUGUGGGGUUUUUCGCCACUCGAACGCGGCGGCUGUUAAGGUUCAGAAAGUGUAUAGGAGUUACCGGACACGGCGUAGGUUAGCAGAUUCCGCUGUUGUAGCUGAAGAACUCUGGUGGCAGGUUUUAGAUUAUGCAAGGCUUAACCACAGCACAAUUUCGUUUUUUGAUAAUUUAAAACCUGAAAGUGCUGCUUCAAGGUGGAAUCGUGUUCUUUUAAAUGCUUCUAAGAUCGGGAAGGGUUUGUCGGAAGAUGCCAAAGCACAAAAAUUGGCUUUUCAACAUUGGAUUGAAGCUAUUGAUCCACGCCAUCGUUACGGGCAUAAUUUGCAUAUUUACUAUGAUGAGUGGUGUAAAGCUGAUGCUGGUCAACCAUUUUUCUACUGGUUGGAUUUAGGAGAUGGCAAAGAUAUUAAUCUUAACGAGUGCCCAAGAUCGAAGCUUCGACAACAAUGCAUCAAGUAUCUCGGACCCCAAGAGAGGGUAAAUUAUGAGUACAUUGUUGUUGAAGGAAAGAUGAUCCAUAAACAAACCAGAAACGUACUCGAUACAAUCGAAGGAUUGAAAGAAGGGAAAUGGAUUUUUGUUAUGAGCACCUCGAAGAAAUUGUACGCCGGCAAGAAGAAGAAAGGAAUGUUUCAUCAUUCGAGUUUCUUAGCUGGAGGAGCGACGUUAGCCGCUGGUAGGCUGGUGGUUGAACACGGAGAUCUUAAGUCCAUUUCUGCGUAUAGCGGACAUUAUCGGCCGACAGAUGAUAGUCUUGACAGUUUUCUAUUGUUUCUUAAAGAGAACGGAGUGAACCUCAAUGAAGUUGAGAUACGCCGUGCGACCGAUGAUUCCGAUAGUUACGAUUAUGGAAAAUCCACUGGUGUUGGGACACUGGCCGAGCAUUCUCUAAGCUCAGUGCCAUCCGAACUCGAAACCGAUAACACGGAGAACAAUUUGUCAUCACAAUCACCCGAAACCAAUCAAACCAAGACCACAAACACUUACAAGAGGUCUUUAUCCGGCGGUCUUCAAAGCCCAAGAACCGAGGUACCUGAAAGAGCCAUAUUGCAAAGGAUCAACUCCAAGAAGGCAGCUAAAUCGUACCAAUUAGGACAUCAACUGUCCCGCAAAUGGUCAACUGGAGCUGGGCCGAGGAUCGGGUGCGUAGCUGACUACCCCGUAGAAUUGAGACAGCAAGCAUUAGAGUUCGUCAACCUAUCUCCGAGGACUCCUCCCGCCCUUUCACCGUUCUUGUCUCCGAGAACACCACGGACCCCUACUACACCUUCGGCAUGCCGGAGUCCCGGUGGGCUUGCAUCAGCUGCGUCUCAGCCGACAUCAAAUUUCACAAAUGCUGAUGGAAUUUCGGGGAUCUGAUUGGAAUAUACCAUUAGUUAUUAUAUUUUGGUUACUAAUAUAACUAAUCUGCUUUAAUAUUUCUAGUAUUAUCGUUUAAUGUUUUUAGCAAUAGAAUGCCCUUUUUGAUGAACCAAUCUAAAAUUUCAUUUGGAGUA